AUGAUAUUCAUGGAGCUUAACAGUGGACGCAUUGGCCUUGCCGGUGAGGAGGAAAAAGAGGUGGUGGCAGAGGAAGCGCAGGUGAGAAUCCCCGACAAAGUUGAUCUCGAAAAUACCCCGGGAUUGGAGGGCGGAGAGCCACUGAGAGGCGGGGGGGAGGGGCUGCGCGCAUGGGUAGAGUUGCCACUCGUAGGCCCUCGCCUCCCUCACGUUCCCUGCCCCCUCCUUCCUUCCCCUCUCCUCCCCCCCUCCCCCUCCCCACCCCCCCCAUUCCCCUCAUCUCCUCACUCCCCCUAUCCCCAUUCUCCUAUGAUUCUUUACCCCCAGUCGCCUCCCUCACGUUCCCUGCCCCCUCCUUCCUUCCCCUCUCCUCCCCCCCCUCCCCCUCCCCACCCCCCCAUUCCCCUCAUCUCCUCACUCCCCCUAUCCCCAUUCUCCUAUGAUUCUUUACCCCCAGUCGCCUCCCUCACGUUCCCUGCCCCCUCCUUCCUUCCCCUCUCCUCCCCCCCUCCCCCUCCCCACCCCCCCAACCGCCUUCUCAUUUUUCCCCUCGCUCAUUCCCUCUCCUCGCCCCACCCUCCUUCCUCCGCCCACCCCCUCCUCCUCCCCCGCCCUCCCCCUCCUCCCCCUCCCCCUCCCCCUCCGCGCAAGCCUCACCUGUAG